CCCAGAGCUUGUUGCAAAGUUUUAUUCAAAAACAGUUUUAUUGAAAUAGACAAUGAUAUGAAGACAAUCAGUCAACAAACGUUCAGUACCAGUAAGAAAAUAAAGUAAAUACCUUAUGAUUAACUAGAUAAGUAAAGGAUUUUUUGUUAAAAUAUUAUUGAUAUUCCAAUCUGCAAACUUUACCCCAUCCCAGUACUCACUUAUUUCCUUGGAACAUUUCAAGGCUGAAGAUUCGAAAACAGAAUAUCUUCCUUGCCUGGAUUUAUGGGUAAGAUGCAGGCUGUUCUUAGACGUGAUGAUUUUGGUAUUGUUGCUUUUCCAUCUGUGAACUUCCCAACGCCACAAGAAGAACCUUCUGCAUGGCAUAAGUUAACGGCAUCUUCAAGAAAAAUGUUGAGAGAUCAUCGUCAAGUAAGGACAGUUUUGGCGUUUACUUUUCAGUGUAUUUAGAUUUGUCUUUAUUUUCCUAUUUAAUACUACUUCUAAUUGCUUACAGAAGUAAAUAGAAGUUUAUUCCACGCAAUGCUCUCUCCCUCGUCAUCUACAGAGUGUAGUAUUUAUGUUUAAUAGUUUAACUAGUCUGGGAGCCCCGUUGAACCAGCCCCCCUGUUAUUGUAGUGGUUGUUGUUUGUAGCUGGAGAGGAUGACUGUGCGAGCAGAAAAAGUCCUGUGUGUUCUAUGAGUUAAACUUGUGUAACUUUGAGACCGAACACUAAACAGAGGCAUCAACAUCAACUGUUUAUGACCACACUGAGACCGAUGAAUUCGCCAUGGUUUUACAAGAACGUGAAACAGAGUUAGCCGAUGAAGGCUUUAGUGUAGGCAUUUACUCUGUUUGUUAUGUUAAUUCCUGAUUUUUUGUCAGAUGAUUGUUUCCUUUACCUGAUAUUCACUACCUGAUAUAACAUGAUUUUCUUUUGAUUUGACAAGCAGCUAAGACAAUCUGACUUUGCUGGCUUCAGUUAAAACGUUGUUGAAAAACAAAAAUAUUUGGGAUCCCCCUAUUAUUACGAUUCCCCUUUUUAUUAAUAUUUGGCUUGUAUAUCAGACCCACUCAUAUUAUCUUAUAUUACAUUAUAUCAGACCCUCCCUCACUUAUUUGGGACAAAAAAUUACUGUUUAUUUUUAGAAUUCUUGAAGGUAAAAGAUGUUGCUUGCCAGACUGCUUUGAAUGGUUGUUCUAGCUGUAAAUGGUUGGGUACACAAAACAGUAUAGGGCUCAAAUCUUGAUUGGCUGAGAGCUUGCGCUAAGUCACGUGGUCUCUCUCACCGCUAAGCCAAUCACAGUCCCGGAAAGUGUAAACAAACUUAGGCCAAAGCCGAAAAUUUGGCAUUUUUACCACCCUCCGUUAAAAAAAAAACGUGUAAAAUCUGCUGCAAAAAAUUUCAAAUUUUUUUAACUACAGCCCUACACAGAUAAAUUUCCCACAAUUCUACCAUGGAACAUGACCCUGAUUUUUAAUUGUUUAGAAAAUACAGCGUCUCAAACAUAGCCAGCAGAAACAUUUAUAUUGAAGGAGAUUGUAAUGAAUGAAUUAACAGUCAAAAACAACAGAUUAACAAGAAAACUCAAAUUUUAAUUGUUCUUGUUUUUUCACAAUUCACAAACCAUGUUUACUUCAACUUUAUACCUGGGAAUUUUGAUGAAAAACGAUUUCAUUCAUGACUCUCGCUUAGGCCGACGCAACAAAAUCAGUCUGACAUAACCAUGGUUUGGUCCACUUACCUCCAACAAAUGCACGCGUUUAAAAUAAUUCCACCAAAAAAACAUAACAUCUAAAUGUUUCCAACCCCUACAAAACAGUUUCUGUCCUCGUGGAGAGCACGUAUCUAAAUCACUCAUAUGAACAACAGGUCAAUUUACAAAGGGUCUGGGUCCCGUCGAAUGGCGGGAAAAUUGUACCUGUGUCACGCAAUUAUUGCCAAUUACUUGCUUAAAUUUUUUAAGUUGACGAAAAAAUAAACGACCAAAAUUGGAAGAUUUUCAAAACUUUGUGCCAAUGCACACCAUGACGAAUGGAACAGCCGUUCCAAACACCUUGUUAACUUACACGCAAGGAUUGGAAGAAGUAGUGUUUUAUUUAAAGCGUUCGACCAACGCAAUGAAAGAAAAUUGAGCGACAAGUUUUGUACAGAUUGCGUCAUUACCUGCACAAAGAAGCGCUAUUUUACAGCAAAAUUGCCUCCGAAUUUUACAGAACUUUUGUCUUAUGCUAAGGUAAGCUAAAUUUGUUUAUCAUUACCUAUGUUGAAACUGAAUAUAGAAAAAAAGCAAACACUUUGUAAAAGGGGGCGUGUCCAUCUAUACAAGAACGGAAACGUCUAUUACUCUUCAAUAACCCAUAUGUUACAAGUCACAAGCUUUUCUGAGAUUAAUUUUUAGAGAAAGCAACAGAAUUUAGUAAUUCCAUAUAAACAUAUUUAGUUCGUAAUUCCUUAUCUCAUAUUUUUUCACAAGAAAACAAUAAAAAGUUGAAUGCAGUUGAUUAUCUUUAAUUCAUUAUCAACUUAAAACUACAGAUUAUCACAGUGUCAGUUUAAGUCUAAAACAGGUAUGCUUCUUCAGUUGCAGAAAAUUGUAUCUGAGUUCGCUUCUUCAGAGAGCUCAUCAUCUCAGGACAGCACUGCAACAACAAACACGGGCCUGGAAAAAAUACCAGAUGAGCAGGAUGAGACUUCUGUACCAUGUUUUGAGGAAACUGUGAUUAAUGGCCAGAAGUUUUCAUUGAUUCCAACAAGCCUUGUCAAGUAUGUCCCUACAUCAGAAAUCAUAACUGAUGAUAUUGUUGGACUAGGACAUGUUGAUGUGGGUAGUGAAUUUGUGUACGUGCCUGCAUAUUUCCUGCCACAGAUGAAGGCACUUCUUUCCAGGAGCAUCCACCUACAGCAUGAGGUGACCCUUUUUAGAGAACUGUUGUGGUCAAAGUAUGGCCACAAUGAUCAGCAACCACCUUUUGACCCAGAGGCUGUCAAGGUAAUGUGCCAAGAUGCAGGAGCAACCAGCAUUUUCCAAACCCUUCUAGAAGCCAUGUCGGUCCAAGAACAGACACCAAGUAAACUGCUUCAGAAUGAGAAGAAGGUUGUUGCUGCACUCUAUAUGCUUGUCUUUGGCCAGUCACAAAAAGCAAGCUGGUUCCAAAAAGUACUAUCCCAAAGAGUAGUAGGAAAAGGGAUAAGUGAGACAGGACUAUCCAUUCUCAAUAAAAGUGGAGUGAGUGUCUCCAAAUCAACUCAAAAGAGAGAACGGGUGAAACUGUCAUUCAACCACGAUAAAGCUGUUUCAACAUUUGUAUCUGAAGCUGUUGAAAACAAAGAUCUCCUGGUUCUUAUGAUAGAUGACUAUACAAAUAUUCACACAAAGAGCCGCCCUAAUGAUGCUGAAACCUCCACUGCAAUUAGUAUGGCAACUAUUCUCUUGAAGAGAUUUCAGGGUGUUCCAGCCAUUCCAUCUCUUUUUCCAACAACAAAUCCAAAGGUUGUCGACUCUGCUCUCUUGGAACAAAUUCUGUCAGAAAACAUCUCUAACUUAUCAAGUACUUAUGCCUCUGUCAUGCCACACUGGAUCCGAACCACCUUCUUUGACCCUGAGAUGGAAAGAAAACGAAUGGAGGAGCAUGAUUAUCAAGAACAGCAAUCUUGCAAGACAAUUAGACAGAUGAAAGACUGUAGACUAAUUGAUGAGCUUGAGCUUCCACUUAAGAGCUUUCAAAACUUUCUUGAUGCUGCAACUCAUGCAGUAAACCAGGGUCUCCACCUUUAUCUUUCUUCCUUUGUGUGCCCUUUUGUAGGUGAUUGGCCAGCACAGUUCUUCAUGAGACAGGUUCAAUAUAACCUCCACAGUUUUGCUCCUUUGUCUUUACAAAAUAUUGUUCCUUUCAUUGGUCCCUUGCAGAUUCAACUAAAUGCAAGAGAAUCUGUUUGUCUACUCAAUAUCGAGUUUUUCAAAAAGGCCUUUUCCUUCAUCUUUGGUGCUAGGAAACACCUUUCAAAUAAACCAAAAGCAAGUCGAAUUUCUUUAAUCGAGGAGAUACUUUAUGGUGGUUGGACAUCAAUCAGAGAGCAAGUUACUGUAGCUUUCUCAAACUGCAAAGACCUACAGUACUUAGCCCUUUUAAAUCUGUUAGAUAAUUAUCUUCCUGUUGUCCUUUCUAUCUAUUCUGUCAUCUUUAAAAGGCAAAACACAGAGGAGUAUGCCACAUCAUUGGAAGAAUGCAUUGGAAGAAUCAAGAUCAUCCUCUUUUCAACACACUGAUGACAAAUCUUAAUGCAUUUGAUGAGUACCCUGUGGAAAAUUUCCAUUCCAUACUGCGAGCUCAGUCAAGCCAUAGCGACAGUGGUGAUCUUCUGCGCCAAAAAGCAAGAGCAUUUGACAACACCAAAGCCACUUCAGCAAAAUUUUUAUCUGUUUUUGAAGUUCCAAAAAAAUACACCUUCAGCAGAUCAAAACUGGAAAGAAUUAAAUUGGAUGCCGCCAAAUUCAUUUGCAAAUUGCCCAAAAUCCCAAUUCUGGAUAUCAGGUGCCUCGACCAGCUAGGAAAGCAAAAAAUAUGACAUACUGGAAACUGCCUGUACUUUAUGGAGAAGACACAGUUGUAGCAUCCAAGGUCCUUCCGCUUGGAUUCCAGUUUCUCAACAAGGAACCAAAUCCAAGCAGGGACACUCUUUUUGAUAAGAACCAGUAAAUUUCCUCUUUCAUCACUGAAAAAGCACACAAAUGACCAAAAACCAUCAUUAUUUUAGAUAAAACAUUGCUCAAAAUUGCAUCUAACAGUAGCUCAGCCUCAGCUUGUUCCUAAUUUAUUUUUAGCUUUUGACCAAUCUUGAAACUCAUGUUCUUAUGUUCAUGUUCAAAAAAAGUGCAUAUAUAUAUAAUGUAAUCGGUAUAUUAUAACAUUUGCUCAUAUAAUAUAAAUGAUUUAUGUCAUAUCGUUUACUCCUUUGAGAAAAAUAACUUACUUGCUGCUGAGAGACUUUCUAAUCUAAUGGCCCCAGAACAUUAAAUAUGCCCUUAUGUAUCCAAAAUGUAUAUUUUACACCCAAUGUUUACCUGUGCCAAAAAUAGAAUACAGUAGAAAAAUGGAACUUCUUAGGCUUUUGACAUUUUAACCUAUGAACAAAUUACAAACAAUUAUUUUUCUUCAUGGAUCAACUGUAUUCAUUAUAGUUCACAAUUGGUAAAAUUUCAAACAAAACAUGCAAUUUUUUUAUUCUCUCCGUUUUAAGGUGAUGCGACCUACCUAAUUGUGUGCAACCAUCCAUCAAUACAAGCAUGAAAAUUCUCCAUGGUUGUGGGCACUCCUUUCAUCCGGAAUGCUUUCCUUCUGGCCCUGGCAUUUGUAGCAUUUGCAAAGAUAAGUUGGUUGAUUCGAUCAAAGUUUUAUCUGAAGCUGCAUCAGCAUCCAUUCUCAAUCCAGACUCGGUGCCAAUUGUUGGUGAUCGCGAUAACGACGAUAAAGAAAAGGGUGACGAUGGUGAGGAAGAGUUUACUACAGACGAAAAAGGCUGUGAUCCCGCAACCAUUGCUGAUGCCUUCCUCGAGUUAAAAAGAGAUAUAUUUACAUGGGGCCUUAUUCCAGGACCAGAAGCUUAACGUUUUCAGAAAUCCUGGGAUCACAAAUCAAACUGUUUUUUUAAAAACCACCAAAUCACCAGCUUAGGUUCUACCUACCGAGUGACACACACACACUGCUAACCAGAUUGGAAUAGUAAAUGGUGACCAAAUGUUUUAAAAAUCAUCAAACUGAGUGGAAAGAGUUUUUAUGAGUGUAUUAAAUUUCUUUUUAGCGGCACUCCGAUGCAAGAUCUUGAACUAAAGAACAAUUCAAUAAGAUGACAUAGCAUGUCGGCCUAAGAGCUAAAACACGUGCUUAAGAUAACUUCUUGCAAAAAAUGAAUUUUAUCAUUUGUGUUAGCAAACUGUAGCCAAAGUGCUAAUAUCUUAUAAGGUUGCAUCAUGCCAUAAAAAUUAAAGAAACUUACUGCGUUCUAAAGUACACGAAUGGAUGCACAUCGCGGCUGUUCAAGUUCGAGUCACUCGAGUGCAAAGUACAUGUCAUUUUGAACAUUCCGGAACAUACCAUAACCCAGACACAGAACAGAAGUGACAUUUCUAUUCUGUGACCCGGAUAAUGUGGACGUCAACGCUUCGGGCACUAGAAUGGCCAUUAAAUAUAAUUUCCUGACCACUUACAAGAUUUUACCACAUAGAAUAAAAAAAAUUGAAUUCCGAAAUCUGAGGAGAGCUACCAGUUACUGAUUUUGUUGCGUCGGCCUAAGUGAUAGUCAUGAAUGAAAUCGUUUUUCAUCAAAAUUCCCAGGUAUAAAGUUGAAGUAAACAUGGUUGGUGAAUUGUGAAAAAACAAGAAUAAUUAAAAUUCGAGUUUUCUUGUUAAUCUGUUGUUUUUGACUGUUAAUUCAUUCAUUACAAUCUCCUUCAAUAUAAAUGUUUCUGCUGGCUAGGUUUGAGACGCUGUAUUUUCUAAACAAUUAAAAAUCGGGUCAUGUUCCACGGUAGAUUUGUGGGAAAUUUAUCUGUGUAGGGCUGUAGUUAAAAAAAUUUGAAAUUUAUCGCAGCAGAUUUUACACGUUAUUUUUAAUGGAGGGUGGUAAAAAUGCCCAAUUUCCGGCUUUGGCCUAAGUUUGUUUACACUUUCCGGGACCGUGAUUGGCUUAGCGGCGAGAGAGACCACGUGACUUAGCGCAAGCUCUCAGCCAAUCAAGAUUUGAGCCCUAUGCUACACAAAACAUGAGGCUGAGGAAACCAAUGGCUAUCCUACAAAUUCAAGCUUCGCAAAUUAAAACAAAGCACAAGAAAAUAGAUAUUUUAUGUUCCAUAUUUUUUAUGUUCCUGUUUUUGUUAGGGUAACUAGAUGCAAUAUCAGUUUAUAAGCCAAUACAUGUUCACAGGGAACAUUCCCCAUUUAACCAGGGUUAAACAAUGGGAGAUGCUCAACUGAUAUUGUUACUGAUCUCUCAUUCAUUGUUUUUUACAAGUGUCAAGCUUAUAUGAUCCCAUGUAUGGAUAUAAAGUAGCCCAUGUCGGUUUUUUGCAGGAGUGAGAAGAGAUGAGGUUAAAGUCAUGGAGACCCUUUCCAAAUUACCCAUUAGCAAUCGAGUAGAAGAUGAAAAAAUUUGUGAGAAUGAAGAAGAUAGUUCCAGUGAAGAUGAAUUAGAUGACGAUUAUGACAUGGAAGAGGGAGAUGAAUCAGAUGAAGUGCCUGGCGAAUUUGAUGACAGGUAUAUUUUAUGUAUGAUGUAUGGUUACAGUAAUUCUCUCGUAUGUCCCUAGCCACAAUCUGUCAGAUAUCAAACAUAAAGCUUUCUCUCCCAGUUCACAUUUUUUCAUAAACCUUUUUUGCAUUAGGGGCCUUAGUUAUGCUGAAAUAGUAACUCAAAGUAUGCAGAUUGGCGUGAUUUUCCAAAACUUCACAUCUUGAUAUUUAGGUUUUCCCACAAAAGAAACCCAAGAAGCUUCGAUGGUGUAGUCUCAUAAAACGCGCAAAUGGAUGUGAUGGUUUUGAUGUUACACUAUCUACAUUCCUUUGUGAGAAGCAUUAUACUGAUGUGGACAUCAGAAGGUAUCCAAAUCAGUGGUGCUGUCCCUUAUUUGAAUCUGUGCAGUAGCGUCGAUCCGUUGCCAAUAGUAUCCCGGAAAGGGCCAGCUGAACGUACGUUUUCUUCCUCUGCAUCGGUGACUGCAAUCUCCAAUGAAGAUGUUUCUCUCUCGGAUUGUAAUGUAAUGGAAUCCUAUCUACAGUUAUCAACUGAUGAUUCACCAUUUACUUCAGUUUCUACGCAAACUGAAUUUUCUUUUGUCAGUUCUCCAAUUUACAUUCCUUCUUCCUUUGACACAAACAAGCAGUGCGACCAUGAAUACUUUCUUAUACACCUCAGGAGGCUUAAAAGCUCUCUCUUCUCAAAUUAAAAACUGGAUAAAGGGAUGCUGCAGUCAAAUUUUAUACUGGCUUUCAAAAUUUUUCUUCUCUUCGUGACUUGUUUUAGUAUUUCCAGCCAAAGCUUGAUUGUAUUCAUUACUGCCGUGUGCCUACAUCUUCCAAGGUUUCAGAUCUUUCCUAUCAACUGUCCUCUCAAUCUCAGAAACCUGGUCCAAAGCGCAGCCUUUCUCAGUUAGAAGAUUUUUUUUGUACUAAUGAGACUUAAAGUUAGUUUAUUUAUGAAGUUGAUUUAUCAGACAGAUUUGGAAAUUCUACUGGAAAUGCUUCAAAAAUUUUUACAAGUUGGAUUAACUUUUUAUUUCAUAAAGUUCCUCUUUUCUUUCCGUUUCCAUCUCAAGAAAGAAGACAAAAAGAUAUGCCACCGCAAUUAAAAUAUUAUCCUAUUACAAAAAUAUUAUUGACUGUACCGAAAUUUUUACUGAAAUACCAUCCUCACUUAAGUCUCAGUCUCAAACCUGGUGUCUUCAAAGAGAAUCAGAUGAAUAGCAAGCAUGGUGGCUAGAGCACAGAUUAGAGUGACAGAUUUGGUUCAUCUGGAGCAGUGGAAAUUGCAGGAAUUAAAGAAAUAUAUCAACGUUCAGUUGCAAAGAAUGGUUUGAGGUACACCUCUUACAUUGGUGAUCAAGACUCUUCCUCUUAUUCCACCAUUGCCAAAGAUAAGCCCUAUGGUGACAAUGUUGCAAUAGUAAAAAAAAUGCAUUGGAAAUGUUCAGAAGCGGAUGGGUACACGCCUUAGAAAGUUAAAAGAUUUCUUGGGGAAUGUAGAAUUGAAAGAUGGAAAAACAAUUGGAAGUAAAGGGCGUCUAACAAACAAAGUUAUUGACAAAAUGCAAAAUAAUUAUGGACUUGCAAUAAGAAAAAAUCCAGGUGAUUUGAUUGGCAUGAGAAAAGACAGCAUUGCUGGCCUUUACAAUCUUAUAUCUCUUUAAAGACAUCAUUGCUGACCUUGACAGACAUCAUUGCUGGCAUAGAAUAUGCCCAAAGGGGAAAGAUUCAUGGUGUGGCAGCGAGACAAAGCCAGUGGAACUAAAACUUCAAGCACAAGCACAAUAUUGAUAUGGCUGUUGUUGAUGAAGUGAAGCCAAUUUAUAAGCAGUUGAGUGACAAAUCUUUGUUGUCUCGAUGUUUGGACUCCUUCACUCAGAAUCUAAACGAGUCUCUGAACCACUUAAUUUGAGCAAGAUGUCCCAAAAAAGUCUACUGUGGCAAGAAAAUUGUAAAGUUAUAUGCAGCAAGUGCUGUAACACGCUUUAAUGAUGGGUCAUCUACAAUAGCUGCUAUUCUUGAAAGGCUUGGAAUCCGACCUGGUCAUUACACAAACAAUUGCCUUAUUUCAAGCAACAGAAAGCGAUUGUAUUGUGCAGAGAAAAGAUCAACUGAGAGGGUAAAAAGGCAGAGGCAAAGGCUGAGGGCCAUCAAAAAAGGACUUUGGGACAAAUAGAAAGAAAAAGUAGGUUCAGUUGUACGAGUCUGGAGCCUACUAAGAGGUUUCUGUCCAAAAGAACAAGUUGUACUAACAUAGUUUUCUGUUUUCGUAAGUUUUUGAAAAACGGACGUAUCUCUUCCUUUUUAACAGUGCUGCUCAAAGAGUAAUUAAUAUUUUGAGCUGAAGAUCUCAAUAUACAUUUCCUGUGAGAGACUCUAAGAAAUAAAAAUAGUUCUUACACAUUCAUAUUUAUCUUUGGUGCUAAUUCUUAGUCCUAAAUCUCUAACUUUUCUGCCGCAUGCAAACAAGUAAAAAUAUAUGUGAUUUUUCCAAAAAAGUUAAGAUCCAAUUUACCAAAAUGUUAUUCAUUCUCUAGAAAUGUCUAUUUAGAUGAUUUUUGCAAAGUUUCAGUUUUUUAACCAUUCACUGAAAUAAUUAGCUGUUAUUAGUGUGUUGCAUUUUACCUAUAUUGUUAUUGCCACCAUUUUGAAUAAUAUUGCAUAUUUGAGAAAAUUUUUACCAAAUUUGGGUUUGUGACAAUUUCUUCACUUCAAAUUUGAUUUUUUAAUCUCAUUUAAUAAAAGUUUUUCACCUAAAGUGGUUGACUACCUUAAGAGACCACUCACUGUUCAAGGCAUAAUGGCCUGAGCCCAGGGGGCUCUGUUAUGCGUGUGGGCAUAGAGCCUACUUCCUUCACCACUCUUUCAUCACUCAGUGCUACAGUACAUUGAUCAAUCUCUGUGCAGCAGCUACAUUCCUUUGGCUUUGUCAAUUGCACAACAUCGCAAUGACCACAUUUACACCUAAAAGAAAAAUAAAAUGUUAUAAGAAACGUUAUCAGAAAAUUUUUCUGAGAAUAGCCAGAUCUCUCUCUACUUUCAUAAUGAUGGUUUCCCCUGACAAAGGUUACCAUUUAAACAUGUUGAUUACCGUGAUUAUGUUUCAGAAAGGGAAACAAAGGAUUCUUGACAAAAUGCCAACCUACCUACCCUAGUACACAAGAAUUGAACGAUGCAUUAUUAAAUAAAAACCACAAUAAAAAAUUGAACGGCAUUUUAAUAAUGCCAUCUUACUCAAUUAUUCAAUGAAACUGUUACAAAUUAAGACGCAUUAAAAUCAAAGAGGUCUAGGAAAGGAAACGUUGUUUUAAUUUAGUUUAGGAUUUUUGCAGAUUUUAUUUCAAAGAGGGCUAAGCGUGUUCCAGCGAGCCAGCCAAAAUACUAACGUGUUAAUAUUCAGACCUAAAAAUGACUUACCAUAAAGUGGCUUUUGCACUGCCAUUGACUUUUUCACUCAGUAAUGACUUCUUCUCCUAUGCUCUUGCACUCUGCAUGUUGUAGUUUCAGAGCCACUCUUCAUCUGCUAAAGGUUCCCCUGAGUCGUUGUUUCUGAAAGACUGAACACUCCAAGAACAGGCUGAACACCCCAAGAACACCCUAAGAACAAGCUAUCAAGCGGCUGAACACUCUUUAAAACAUAUCAAAAUCAGCAUAUCAUUCGAAAAAUAAUUAGGUAGUUUUGGGCGCGGAACAAGAUAAGAUGCAGACCCCAGCUGAGAAAUGCCCCAAAAUGCUAUUUUUAGACUGUUGUACUUGGUCCCAGGUCCCAGGCCCCAAAAGUGUUUAUUGUAAAAAUACUGUUGCUAGUUGUGAUAACAACAUUAAAUUUAAAAGAAUUUGGCAGUUUGAUAUGCUCGAAAAGAUAAAAUGCAGACCCUAGCUGAGAAAUGCCUCCAAAUGCUAUUUUUAGACUGUUGUACUUGGUCCCAGGGCCCAAAAGCAUUUAUUGUAAAAAUACUGCUGCUAGUUGUGAUAACAACUUGAAAGUUAGAAGAAAUGUGCUCUGGAGCACAGGCUAAGUUUGAUAUGCUUAGAAAGAUAGGAUGCAGACCCCAGCUGAGAAAUGCCCCCAAAUGUUAUUCUUAGACUGUUGUACUAGGUCCCAGGCCCCAAAAGCGUUUAUCAUGACAAUACUGCUGCUAGUUGUGAUACCAGCAUGAAAAUUGGUAAAAAUGACAGUUUGCAACGCUGAAGAAACAUGCCCAUCCCACAUAUAAAAUGCCUCCAAAAGCAAUUUUUGGAAUGGUAAUUUGAUAUCCCGUUCAGGCAUGAGACAAUAACAACUGAAACAUGCACAAGGGUAACAGAUAUAUACAUUUGCUGUUCUUAUUCAUUGGCACCUGAGCAUUGUCCUAAACAUUUGCAAAGCUCAGUAAAUUCUGCCCAGCCACUUCCUUCUAGCCAGCAGUGGCGAAGCUAGCCAAAAAUUGUUGGUCCUGCUAUAUGGACAGGGCCACGCCCUUAUUCAAUUGGAAAAGCCUAUGGACAAAAAUUCUAUUUUGCAGAUGAUUUUUUUCUUAAAUUCAGUAAAAAGCAAAUUUUAAAUCGAUGUCUAUCUUUUGAAAAAUAAACCCAUACUUAAAGACGUGCUUUAGGGUGCUUACUUUUCAAACAAAUCUAUGUUAAAUUGUUGUAAGCCUCUACAGCUGAAGUAAAAGUUCAAAUUGGUGAUAACUAAAUUUGACGAUAAAAGGGGGUAGGGGUGGCAUUUGAAGUUGCAUAUCAUAUAUUUGUGGUAUUCCAGAUUUUGGUCUUAUAAACCUGACCAAUCUAGAUACUCUAUUAAAAUAAUUUUAAUAAACAACAGAGUUUAAAGUCUGUAGGGGCAAGUUCACAUAUUCUGCAGAACAAUUAUUCUGCAGCUGAUAAAGAGAGGUACAAUCGAAUAAUGUGUCGCAUUAUCAAUGAAAACAACUUUAUUAGAUAAACCAUUAGACGAGAAAACAAUUCAGGUAAAAACAUGCAAAUUCCGCUGAAAUUGGUUUAUUCUCCAACUCAAAACUUUCAAUCACACAACAGUAAAUUCAAUUAUGCUUUCAUCGUCCUUGUCCAAGUCUAAGAAAAUUUUAUUUAGGCCACCAUGAUAUACCGUGCCUCAACCGAUCGUACAAAGGCCGAAAUCAGAGUGCCUCAUACAGCCAAUUUUUGUUGUUUACAUUUCUUUCUUGCGAACUUUGGACUCUGCAGAGCUCUGUUUUGUUACAAAUAAAAUUUAUGCAGCUCAACUGAGGCAAGUUUUGCUGUCAAUAAUAAUAUCAUUGGUAUUGCCAAAGCAGAAAAUCCGCAUUCACAUCGCCUCGCCAUAAUACUUGAACUGGCCUCCUUGCUAGUAUCUCAUAGCAGAACGAGAAUGCACAGGGCAAUUCUUGCAGUCCUGCUCUCAGAAAUAGCAGGACCAAAGGUUUUCAAAACAAUGCUCUUUGACCUACGUAGGUGAACCCUCGACCAAUCAAAUCACAACUGCCUACGAAAUGUUAUGAUGGUCAUUUCGACGAGGUCCUGCUCCCGAGAUUGAGCAGGACUGCUCUUUGUUCUAGACUAUUGUGAAGCAGGACUAAAUUCACAAAAGCCCAUUGUGAAGCAGGACCAAACAUAGGGUAUCAUAGUUAUGAGCAGGACCAAAAUACAGGGCUGCCGUAGAAGAGAACAGGACCUUGAGAUUAGCACGGGAUGCCUGUAUCAGCUGGCGGAACUGGGGACUGUUUAUCAAAAAGAAUUUGAAACUUCCUUUUUGCAAAGAAGAAAUUGUUUAUUGUUUACAGUAAAUCUUAUCUUUGGAAAUUCUUGGUCCUGCUCAGCAGGACCAGCAGGACCUUUGGCUUCGCCACUGCUAGCCAGUCACCUAUAGCAUCUAAAAAGGCCAUCUUAAUAUGCAAUGUGCCAAGCAUCAUCAGCAAAUUAUCCUUUCCGUAAAUUGCUGGGUACAUCCAUUGAACUUGUUUUCCCAAAGCAUACACUAGUUGAUCAGCAGUAAUAACAGGCGUUCGGUCGGAUUUUAACCGUAGCAAAAUGCUCUUGAUAAUGUCCAUCAUAUAACGUACCAUUGCAGAAGAAUUUACCGAAUCUUUCAGUAAAGGAAGUAAGAUAGUAAGGUGGAAAGUAACCUUACUGGAGUAUCCCGGACUCUGUGUGCACGAAAUCCAGACCAAGAUAAACAAUUUUUUAUAUCAAAAGUGCUGUUUCCUUCGUUGAAUCGGUGUGCUGGAAGAUCAAUAUACUGGUGCCAUAAAAUGAGUUAGCUGCUGUGACAGAUGACGGGUUGUGAUCGAUGUUAUCAAUUGCAGCGGUGGUGAAUAAUCCUUCCCUCAGACAAGGUGGAGAAACAAUGCCUUGCUGCUGGUAUUCCUGGCAAACCUCCGUUGCAAUUGAGGUUUGGACAUGCCGUAUCCAAUGGUAGGAGACGCACAUUCCAUAUUUUGUGAGGCGGCUAACAAGUCCUUUCUCUCUUGUUUCAGAAUGAAUCAUCAACCCAAGGUAAAGUGGAAACUGUGUUUCUUGCUCUUUGCUAUGUCGGGCACUUUCAUUGGUGGUAUUUGACAGCUUACCUUGCACCACUCAAUCUUAUGCGAAAUACUUGUUUCCUAAUGAUAUUGGCAGCUUUAGAAAGGCAAAUUCCAUCAUCCUGGUCAUUCUCUAGACUUGCCUGAUAAAUUGCGGUACUGGUUUCUUCCUUGUGUGUUAGGAGAACAUUGUUUCCUGGCUUUUCUUCUUCAAGCUCUGGGAUGUGAUGUAAGAUGUCAUUCUUCAAACGAGUACUAUGCACAUUCUUUACACUUUCUGCAGUGGCACCACACGCCACAAAACAAUCGCAAAAGAGUUUUUUGAUACUGCUUAACUUGAAUACGGAAAUAUUAUUGGAAGAUUCUACCAUGUCUCUAAGAUAAUCAAUAAUCUCAGCCAACACUAUCCCUUUUCUAAUAGUGUCCUCUGUUUCGUGAACAGAUUUUGUUCAAAGAAAGCUUCUCAGAUGGUUGUAAAGAGCGGCAAGGCAUUGUUUGUGAUAUUAGGCCUCAACUGUUACCAUGUCACCUUCGCUUUAUUUGGCCAAGAGUUUUUCAUUGAAGAACUCUAAGUGUUCAAGCGUUUGUCAAAUUCACUUCCAAAUCACAAAAAACACCUAACUUUGGAAUUAUCUGCGCUGUACCUUUGGCGUGUGCUAGGUGGGGCCUAAGCAAUUUCAACAUCAGCUGUUUGUUUCUUUCUUUUCCUACACAACCUUCGGUAAUGGUAGUUGUCAUAUUUACUUUUGCAACGCUUAUGAAAUUUUGCCUCAUUUUGCAAGAGAUUGCCGGCUAGUACCUCGUUGCUUGUUAAGCCUGUCCUUGUAUCAAGGAAAGAAGGAAGCUCACCAAUGCCCUGAAACCUUUUAAGCUGUUCUACAAUGCUUCUUCAUUCUGAACCUUUAUUGGAGGGAGUGCUUUUCCUUGCUGGACAUUCUAAUACACCUGAUGUCGUUUUUUGGCAACAACAAAAACUUGCCCAAUUUGUCUCAAAUGUUUCUUUGCUCAUUAAACUAGGUCUGGUCAACUCGCUAUGGGGGUUAACCAGUUGAAAUAUUUUCUUAGACAUUUCCACGUAUCAUUGUCAUAUUUCUCAAAAAACGUAUAUGAAUUGUUUGAAUUGAAUUUCAUCUGAACUCUUACCACAUGUAUUUUGUGAUUGCCAAAGUGGACACACAUUCAUCGAGGGCUAUUAUUAAACAAGACAAUAGAUCCUGUCAACUGAAUUUAAUAAUGCAUGCCCGAAAGUAAACUUUUAAAAGAAAUGAAAUGCAACCAUUACAACAUCCGGUUCAUUUACUGGGUUUGAAAAUGAAGGUAUCAGAUUUCUUCCACUAAAAUUCUAUUCGACUACUUUUUUGAAUUAUUUAAGCUAGACUGUACAAAACCUUUAUCAAUAUUAUGCAGGAGAAUGAAAAAAGAUUCUUUAUUCCUAAUGUAGGUUUCCUUUGAAAAACAGAAUAAAAGAGUUUAUAAAUGUAAUAAGGAUAUGCACUUCCGCGGACUUUGACCUAGGACAGCGGUCUUAAAAUAUCACAUAAGAGCAGUUCUCAGCUGUGGUCUGCAUCCGAUCUUUUUGAGCAUAUCAAACUGCCCAUUUCUUCUCACUUUCAUGUUGUUAUCACAACUAGCAGCAGUGUUUUUACAAUUAACGCUUUUGGGGCCUGGGACCUAGUACAACAGUCUAAAAAUAGCAUUUGGAGGUAUUUCUCAGCUAGGGUCUGCAUCUUAUCUUUUCGAGCAUAUCAAACUGCCAAAUUCUUUUAAAUUUAAUGUUGUUAUCACAACUAGCAACAGUAUUUUUACAAUAAAUACUUUUGGGGCCUGGGGCCUGGGACGAAGUACAGCAGUCUAAAAAUGGCAUUUGGGGGCAUUUCUCAGCUGGGAUCUGCAUCUUAUCUUGUUCAGCGCCGCCCAAAAUGCUGGUAUCGGAUUUUGCACGACUCUCAAAAUCUGAGGCUAACAGCCCUGACUAUAAGCAAUAGACAUGCUGCUAGAAGACAUGAGAAAAGCAGCUUUAGUGCUAAAGUCUUCUGAAGAAAAAGGUGACAAUAAAGAGAAUACAGACUAAGAGGACUGCACACCAGGGCAUAAAAAAAAAUUGGAGACUCUACAGGAAGAGAUUCACUACAACUUUUCAGCAUGCCAUGACCAAAUUUCUGAGUUGAAUGACCAUGUUUUGGGGUCUGAUGAUGAUGUAGGUGACGAUGACUUCACACUGGAAGCCAUUGUUAGGAAAAGGAAAGAGACGCUGAGCGUACCACAUUCUGUUCUAGCUGCAGAACUUGACAGGUAUGUCAACAUGCCAUGCAUACCACGCAUGGAAAGUCCUUUCUUUUGGUGAAAGCAGCACAAAACUACCUUCCCCCAUAUUGCCAAACUAAUCUAGUGUUUAUUCGGAGCGGCUUUUUCGGGGGCUGGAAACAUUUUUGAAGAGAAGCGAUCAAGACUUCUUCCAAAGAAUGGCAAGAGGUUGCUUUUCUUGCAUGACAACCUGGGAGGAUUGUAGCUUUUUGAUGUUUGAUUGUUUUUAUGUUUGGAUCGCUUUUUUUUAACUUUUAAAACUACGUUCAAGUUUGUUCUAUUGCUUUUAAUUUUUGUUGUUCUUUGUAUUUACACCUUUAUAACUUUUUUUAUCAAGAAAUUUUCUUAGUUAUGAUUAAAAUUAUGGAAAAUCCAGCAACAGGCCGGAUUUCGGAAACAUAUCCAGGUAGAAGAAGAUCAUUGACAGCACGGAACCAUUCUCUCAGUCCCCAUCAUCUCUAAAUGUUUAGAGCUCUCUCUAUUCAAGGUAUAAAAAUCACACAAUGUUAGUUGGUAUUGCACAUUCAGGUGCAAUCAAAUAUAUUAGCCAACUUUACAAUGUGUCAAUAUCUGACAAAGAGCAGGGCUGUGGCUAUGGGGAGGGGGGAGGGGAGGUUUGGUUGCUGUUACACCCCCAGACCGAAAUCUUGUCAGCAAAUCUUCAAAAAUGAGAGUUUUGUCAGCAACCUCUUGAAAAUGGCAACCCAUCAGGGGCGGCUGGCAGGAAAAAAAGUUGCUCAUAGAUUCAAAGAGGCUUGAUAUUGACCUCACAAAAUCUGUCUGAGGACCCCCUUUUUAAUGCCUCUAAACGAUUCCAAAAUGGUCUAAAAGCUAAAAGUGAAAAUGCAAUGAAGAUGAAUUGUAGACACAGACUCAGAACACUCAUAAAAAUCGUUCUUGAACAUGGACAAUAAUUUUUAAUUUUACUCCAAAACUAUUUUUGCCUUUGAAUAAAAGAAAACAAAUUAUCAUCAUUUAUCAUGCUCUACCUAAAACACGUCUUACAUAAAAUUAACUAAAGCUUAAGCUACUUUUUUGAAAAUCUAUCAGAGCGUCUUUGAUUAAAUGCCUUAAAUCUCUCAACUACAUUUGUUUUGAAUUGUGGUUGUUCGGCAAGCCAGCGAAGUGUUUUGUGUUCUACUUGAAGGAAAACUAGCAUUUCUUUUCUUUUCUGGAGCAUAGUGGACCUUGAAGACGACACAACUCUUUUCAUGCGGCUAAAGACUCUCUCGCAAUGAACACUCGUUAAUGGUGUUACUGCAGCAAGCUCCAAAACUGUCAUUGCCUGAGGAAGUGUAUCCUGUAAUUCUGUCUUCUUUAGAAUGGUCAACAAAUCUUGGAUUGAGGGUUUGCCUUCAGUAACAAUAUCAACUUCUACUUCAACUUCAUUUGUCACCUCAAACAAAUCAUCCUCUUCAACCGCUUCUCUCUCCGACAGUCUGCUUUCGGGGGGCUCUUCGUUAGCUCUGACAAGUCUUCUGCGUCUUUCUUUCUUUUUGGCGAUGAAAGCGUCCCUCUCUCUUGUUACUCGGUCAAGCAAAACGGAUAUUUCCCUACUGUUAUAUAGGACAUUGAGACAGUGUUCAAGUGCAAGUGGAUCCGGAGUUGGAUAAAUGUCCCUUAAUUCGGCUAUUAACUGCUUUUGCUCUUGAGAUGAAGCGUUCUUUCUUGCUUCAAAUUUGGAUGGGUGAAUAAGAUUCAUCCAUUUAAAUUUGUUCAAGUUCUCAAACCUCCAGCUAAUUUGAUCUGUGA